AUGACUGACUACUCUUUUGAUUAUUUUACCGUGCAACUCCCGGCCGAUAAACAAUAUGUGGCCCAUGUGGAAAUCAAUCGUCCGGAAAGGUUGAACGCCUUCAUCGAAGCUAUGUGGGAAAAUAUGGCCCAGAUCUUCGAUAAACUCUCCUCUGAUCCUCGUGUUCGCGCAAUUGUCCUCAGCGGUGCUGGAGAGAAGGCAUUUACCACCGGGCUGGAUGUCAAAGCGGCCUCGGAAGGUCUUCUCUCGUCGGAUACCAGGACUGACCCAGCCCGAAAGGCAGUCGAUCUUCGUCGCCAUAUCGCCAUCUUUCAAGACUGUAUCACCGCGGUAGAGCGCUGCGAAAAGCCCGUUGUGGUGGCUAUGCACGGGUACUCCUUGGGACUCGGCAUUGACCUCUCAACGGCUACGGAUGUACGUCUCUGUGCCCGGGACACCCGAUUUGGGGUCAAGGAAGUCGAUAUUGGGCUUGCCGCCGACAUCGGUACUCUCAGCCGACUCCCCAAGGUGGUUGGAAACUACGGGUGGGUAAAGGAGGUGGCUCUGACAGCGCGCGAGUUCGGUGCUGAGGAGGCCCUGCGCGUGGGAUUUGUUAAUGCGGUGUAUGAUAACCGGGAAGAUACUAUUGCGGCGGCAUUGAAGCUCGCCUCCCUGAUGGCCAGCAAGAGCCCUGUAGCCGUACAAGGCACCAAGGAGAUACUGAACUACUCGCGUGACCACUCUGUGCAAGAUGGACUGCGCUAUACGCGUGUAUGGAACAGCGCUGCUUUACAGACGCAGGAUGUCUCGGCAGCUCUACUGUCUGGGUUGCAAAAACGCAUUCCAACAUUCGAGAAGUUGUAG